AUGAUCAGAGCAGUGCAGGAGUCACUGGAGAGCAACUGCCAGAUAGACCAGUCCAGUAUGGCUUCCCCCAACCCCGUGAAAGAUAAGCCCUCGCAGCGCCACCGUUGCCCUCACAAUCCCACACGAAUUUAUGAUCAUGGAGGAGAGUCCUGCCUCAUGACGGAAUACGUAGACAAAUACCCCCAGUAUGGCAACGUCCCUCCUCCCCAGAGCCUCAAGCCCAAACAGGACUACCAAAAACAUGGAGGGAAAAUGGAAGGAAUCACAACUUUCAGGUCUGACUACCUUCCAUAUGACAUGGCGAAUCGGCCUGUUCGGGUGCAAGAAGAGUACAAACCAGCACCCGGAGAUAUGGACCUGGGAACAACUUACCGGAGAGAUUAUAAUGUUCACAAAAUACAACCAGUGAUUUUAGUAAGACCUUUAGAGAGGAAACAUGUCAAAGGUGGAAAGAUAAAUACAAUACCCACAUACCAAGCUGACUACAGAGCCUGGGGAAUUCAAAGAAGGGAGCCUCAUAAAACAGACAGCACCUACCAUCUGCCCACUGAGAAGUUUGGGAAUAGCACUACAUUUCAAGAUGAUUUCCCCCCCAAGGAACUCACUCCCCGAAAAAGUUUUAAGCCUAUCGCAAUGACAAAGCUUUCUGACCAUCCUUUUAAUGGUAUCACAAGCCAUCGCAAUGAUUACAUUACUCAUCAGCUAGAACCAAAGUGGGUAAGAUCAAAAGAAGAGUACAGGCCAAAUAGCCAACCAUUUGAAGACAUCACAACCCACCGGUGUGAUUUUAGAGGGCUUGUGGGGGAGCUUCCAAAGAGCUUCAAGCCUGAAUACACUAAAAUAGAAUCAAAGUCUCAUUUUAAUGGAGUGACAGAAUUCCGUGAUCGUUUUCAACCAUGGGCCGUUUCCUUACCUGAUGUACACAAAGCAAAAGAAUAUAUUCCACCUGCAGGUAAUAUGGACUUGAAUACUACAUCCCACCUUGAUUAUAUUGAACAUGAAGUCCAUCCAGUUGUCCUCAUGAGACCAUUAGAAACUAGUAGGAAGAAUACUGCCCCCUUCCAAGGGAACACAACCAUGAGGGAUGACUUUCAAGCUUGGGAUACCAGUCGGCAAGAUAUGAUAAAGAGGCCCCAGGAAAUGCCAAAGUCUUUUGGGAAAUUUGAUGAUAUGACCACUUUCAGAGCUCACUACAUACCACACAGUAUAGUUCCAACUCAAAGCUGUAAACCUUUAAAGAUAGCUCUUUCUACUGCAGCACCUUUUGAAGCAGGAACCAUGUACCGUACAGAAUAUACUCCAAAGAUGCAGGCCAUCUGCCCAGCAACCUAUCCUUCUCCUCCAGGAUAUGUCUUUGUCAGCACUGAUUCUCGUGGCCACAAGUUCUUCCGCAAAGCUACACCAGAUACCAAUAAGAUUGCCCAGGCAAAUGGUAAUCAUGUUCCAAAGGAAAUAGCAGUUGUAUCAUAA